CUUCGGGGCCCCCCACAGGAACCCACAUUGUCUGAUGACCUUUAACAUUUCCACUGUAGCUGGGAGGGCCGAUAGCGUUGCUUCCGUUCUUUGUUACGUGCCAUUCCUUUUUCCAAGCUUGAGCUUAAGGAAUGGUGCAAAGGGGAUUGCAGGAGCAAUUUGAUUUGAAGUGCAGGGAAGUGUAAGAGCACCAAGUAAGGAGCCCACAAUGAUAGCUAAGCUCUUCUUCCUCUGUGGCACCCUAGUGCUGGCGGAGUCAGACCUGCAUUCAAGAUACCCUGGGCAUCCAGAUCACAAGCAGUGGCCCCAGGACCGCAAGAUGCUAACAGACCCACAGCCAUCUUCUUGGCCAGAGGAAUAUUGGGGGAAGGAGCACAUCAGAGAAGAAGUCCUCCACCCGGCUGCCACCAUUGUGACUGAUGAUGUGAAGGAUUAUGAUGAUGCCAGAGAACAUCAACCUCAUCAUGAGAACUGGUGCUCAUUUCCGCAGUCCCGCCUGGUCACGUAUAUUGCUGUUUGCAAGACAGAGAAAUACGUAAUUAAGUCUCAGCAACCAUGUCCAAAUGGGACCCCAGAUUGCCAGAAGAUCAUGUACAGAGCAGCUUUGAAGCCAGUUUACCAGGUUAAACAAAAAGUCAAGAACAUUUUGCAUUGGAAGUGCUGCCCGGGCUACUUUGGCAAGAACUGUGAACAUCACGAUCCUAAUUUUCUUCCGGUGUCCACCAAUCAGCCGGAAAGCUGGGAGGAAGAGCAAGAAGAGUUCUCCAGCCAGAGAGAUAUCACAGAAGCCCAAGAAAGCCACGAAGGCCUGCUGGAAGAUCUGCAGAACGAUAUUCACCAGGCCACGAGCAACUUGGGAGUCUUACAGAAGGUGCUUCAUUAUAACGGCAGCAGCACAAGGCGAGCCGCGAGCCACAACCAAUCAGAAGUACAGGAGCAAUUCCUCCAGCAAACACUCUUUCCCCAUGUGCAGAGUUUCUUGAAGGAGCAUUUCGACCCAGUCUGGGCAAGCUUCAAUAAAAGUCUACAGGAUCUUUCUGCUGCCGUGAAAAAUCUCUCAAAGAACGUCGAGGCCAAUCGGAAAAGUAUAGAGAGGUUCCAAGAAAGCACCGUGCCCAAGAAAGAUUUUCAGGAGUUGGGAACGAAGUUUGAAUCCAAGGUUCAAGCCAACAUUUUGAGAGUGGACCAUGUGAAGAGAGAAAUAGAGAAUCAUUUACACUCGCAGCAGGCAGCCUUACACUACAAUCUCACCAUGAUCAAAGCAGACACUGAUCUGAAGCUCAAGAGACACCAAAAGACCCAACACUUCUAUUUGUCAGCCUUAAACAGCAGCCUGACAGACAUGAGACAGCAGCAAAACAAGCUUGAAGAUGAGCUCAAGACUCUGAAUAGAAAUUUAGCAGUAUACCCAAUACAAUUUGGCAGCCAAAACGAAGCAUUUAUUGAGAGGGACAUUCAGAUCCUCAAUGAGACCCUGGCAGCACAUGCUCAGCAGCUGACCAAAAUUUUUGAUGAGUCUGAUGAGGACUACACAGAACUAACCGAUUCCAUUGCGAGCUUGAAAGCCACCUUGAAGCACGACCUGGAGGAGUUCAGAGUUGAUUUAAUAGAGAAGAGUCUUAUAAUAGAGGAAUACAGGGAUGAUCUGGAAAGGAAGAUUCUUGUUCUCAACAACACUCUGUCCAAUAUUGAAGACAGCCACUGGGAUUUAGAGAUGUCUCUGAAAGCAUGUCAUUGCGAAACACCAUCUUCACAUGUUGUUACAGAAGAUCUAGUGAACAUCACUCAGGUCAACAGAGAAGAAAUAAAGCAACUUGAGGCACGCUUAAAGGACCUUAAUGCAGCUUUCCCUAUUAUACAUCAGGUUCUAGAAAGCCAACAGAGGCAGAGUCAAAAGCUGGAAGGUGGCAUGUCCCUCCUCAAUUCUCAUGCAGAAAAGCUGUCUGACAAUAUUGGCAUCCUGGAAAAAAAUGAUGAGAAGAUGCACGGGCAUAUCAAAUAUCUCAACAGCUCUUUUAACUCUUUGUUGUUUGAUGCAAUGAGACAUGAGCUAGCACUAAAGGCCUUGCUUGGAGAAGAAAACAUGGAGAUCUUGUUGGAAGAGGACUCAAGUCCUGUAGAAUUAUCCAUAGAGCAGCUUCAAAAGACUAUCAGGCUAAUCUCUGACGAACUCAAGGAGCAAAAUUAUACACUGGAAUAUCUUAUGAAGACAAUUCACUCUUUGGAGAUGAUGGACCAUGGAGACAACCCCAAUGUCCAUAUAUCUCUUAAGCAUCCUAUGUUGGAAAGGAAAACAGAGGACACAGUGCAGGAGGUUACCACCCAACGCAGUGGAGUGGAACACAUGGAGCCAAACCAUGAAGCUGCCAUGGAGGAUGCUCUGGAUAACCCAGCAUAUCACGAUAUCAUGACUCUGAAGAAAGAGAUUGGGCAUCUCAGCAGGGAGAUGCAUAAAUAUAAGUUGCAGAGGGAUCGUGCCAAUUUCUGCUGUAAUUACACCAUAGCCAGCCUAGUGGAACCACUCAGUGGCUCAGUGGAGAAUUUGAGGGAAGACCUUGUGUCAGCCCAGCAAAUCCUUGAAGAACACCUGCAGAUCUUUCAAAAGCUGUUUGGAAGCAACAAGGAAUUAGCCGCUGCAAAUGUAAGCUUGGAUGUCACAAAGAUUCAGUCGCUGGUGGGCAGGAGGAUGAGGAAGCAGCUUCAAGAGGGGCAAAAAAUGAGAGAUAAGAAAGAAGCCAGCAGUCGUAGAGAAGGUACCUUAAACGGAAGAAACAAGAUACAUGCAGAGAUCCUGGAGACAGGUACAUAUGUGGCCUUUUAUGUGAAGUAUUCGGAAGCCAGAGGAGAGCUGAGCCUCAACGGAACAUAUCUCAAUUACGGAGGGGGUUAUUUCCCUGAACACGGCUACUUCAAGUCUCCUCAUACUGGGGUUUACCUUGUUGCCAUCAGCGUGGAGCUUGCACCAGGACCUGCCUUGGGGCAACUGGUCUUCAGCAACCGGCAAAGAAUGACGCUCAUCGACACCAAAAAGAGAAAGGCAAGUGGAGGCUCUCUGGCUACUUUUGCCCUUGUGGAGCUCAAGAAGGGUGAGCUCAUGUGGUUUGAACUGGUGCAGGGCACUGGAGCGAAGCAGAACCCAGCUGGAUUAAGCAUGGCUGGAUUUCUGAUAUUCAAAACUUGAAAAAUAAAAGGUUCCAAAGUCAUAAAUGAUACUUUGCUAUAAACACACGGCUAACCUGUACUAGCCCAAAGACGGCGAAUUUUGCUGUGUGCACUUUUAAAUGUAGUCCCAGCCCUUGAUUCGCCUCAGUGCUGCUUCCUAAAAAUAGUUCAGUCAUUGCUUAGCGGUGUCACAAAUGAGGAAGAAAUGGAGUUUGUAUGUUGCAAAGGCUUUGUGAAAGACAUUAGAGCAAGGAUGGGUCACUUGUGGCCUUCAGCUGCUGCUGGAUUCCCAACUCUUCUUGGCCCUAGCCAUGAUUAGUCAGGGAUUAUGGGAAAUAUCAGGAAGCCCCAGGUUUUUCCCGCUCCAUCCCUUUGAUACUUUAUCAUGCAUUUGAUUCUAUUCUUCCUCAGACUAAAAAUGCUCCCCUUGUCUU